AGAUUGAAUCGGUCAAUGAUAACACUUACACCCGGGCAGUUGUAGCAUUAGGACUACGGACCUCUUUAACUUUAAAAUUCUAAUAUUUUAUUAAACUAACAUAAAUGAAACGGAGAUUGUGUAAUUUUAAGGUGAAGAGGUGCAUUGUUUUAAUAGCCUGGCUAUUGACUAUCGUGGAGUCCAUUGAAUCGCAAUAUUGUGUAGAUUCUAGUCAACGAAGUGGCCAAUGCGUGUAUAUGAGUUCGUGUCCACAACUGAUUCAGGACUACUAUGAAGCUGCAAGAUUUUCGCCAAAUUUACCAGAUUUUCAGACUUUCGUGAGCGGUUCAAUGUGUGGAUUUGAUGGCAAUAAUUUGUUGAUCUGCUGUGCUUCCAACCAAAACAACCCACCUCUAAGUGGAGUUUUAAAUCCCUCCAAUCCGCAACAAGUCAACCCGUAUGCUUCUGCAUUUAAAUUUUCUUCAUUAAAUUCACUUUCCAAUGUACAAACGUCAACACUUACGUUGCCAAUAACAGCUACAUCGCCGAUAACACCAUCAUAUUUACCACCGAUCAAUAUGUCAGAAAGUACAAAACCACCCGCGAAUCCUACUAAUCCGCCCGUCCUACCACCCUAUAACAGUCCAAGUAUAAAUUCCUACACAACAAUUGUACCAACGCGUUUGUCGCCUAAGAUGAGAGGAGGUGAGUGCGGUUUGAGCACAGCUUAUACCAAUAAAGUUGUAGGCGGCACGGAAGCGAGACGAGGCGCAUACCCCUGGAUUGUCGCCUUGGGUUAUCGCGAUGAGAAUAGAGCGAAUUCAUUGCAAUUCCUCUGUGCUGGUAGUUUAAUAUCAAACCGUUAUAUUUUAACAUCGGGUCAUUGCAUAAGUCCUAUGCUGAUCACAGCACGUCUGGGUGUCCACGAUAUUACUGAUCCCAACGAGGCGGGUGCUAUAAGCAUACCCAUUGAACGUAAAAUCAUACAUGAACAAUAUGACUCGCAUUAUAUAAUUAAUGACAUUGCAUUGGUUCGCCUAAGUGCACCGGCUCCUGAUACGGCAUAUAUAAAUACCAUUUGUCUACCCGAAGGCGAGCUAUUCGCUAAAGAUUUCGUAGGCAACAAUCCGUUCGUCGCUGGUUGGGGUGCAGUGAAAUUUCAAGGACCAAGUUCGAAUGUUUUGCGUGAUGUUCAGGUGCCAAUUGUGACUCAACAAACUUGUAUACAGUCUUAUAAAGCUACAUUUCAAAAUUUAGUAUUCACAGAUCAGUUUAUUUGCGCUGGCAAUUCUCAUGUAGAUGCUUGUCAAGGGGAUUCCGGUGGGCCAUUAAUGAUGCCGAUGCUGGAAAAUGGCGCUUAUCAUUAUUACAUACUGGGUUUAGUUUCUUAUGGCUAUGAAUGUGCUCGACCCGGAUUUCCUGGUGUUUAUACACGCGUGGCUUCCUAUAUACCAUGGAUACUUAAUCAUAUGGUUUAGUGAGGGCACAUAAUCUCAAGGAUGAUUUUUAAUUGUAAAAAAAAAAAUUGUUAAUAAUUUUUAUUAUUAUCUUUUUAAAUAAAUUCUGUAAAAUUUUUCUCGUUGCCAACUGAAAUAGAAA